AUGUCGGAGAAACUCAUGGGCAUGGGCGAAAAACCUCUCCUAGCCCUGGCUCUCACCUACCUCUCCUUCCCCGCCGCCAAUACCGCUGAAGGCGAUGCCGAAGUCGAAGCCGUCAAGAACCCUAUGACUACAGUAGGCUUCUGGUCUGGCGAUCGGAUCGUUAUCAUCGGCGACUACUCCGAGGGAUUCCCGCCCUUCUUCACAUCCCAAGACCAGCAAGACUACAAGGCCUAUACCGCCAAGCUCGCCGAGGAAAACGGCCAAGCAGGUGGCAAGGACGGGCAAGAAGUUGGCAGCAUCUACAAUUACGCGUGA